GGCGUUGGUCGCUCGAAUUCGGCGACAUGGGUCUCUCACGGGAGCGCAAGCAGGAGUAUUUUGGCAAGAUGGAGGGCCUCCUUGAUGCGUACUCUAGAAUCUUCAUCGUGUCUUGUGACAACGUUGGGUCGAAGCAGUUCCAGCAAAUCCGCAUGGCUCUUAGGGGGGAGGCUGUUGUGCUCAUGGGCAAAAAUACCAUGAUGCGCAAGGUCGUCAGCGCCUACCUUGCUAAAAACCCAGGCCACCCGUAUGAGAUGCUACUGCCGAAGAUCAUGGGCAAUAUUGGAUUCGUGUUCACGAAUGGUGAUCUCGGUAAGGUGCGCGAGCUAAUCGAAGACAACCGCGUGCCCGCCCCCGCACGUGUCGGUGCCAUUGCACCAAUCGACGUUGUGGUUCCUCCGGGUCCAACGGAUUGUGAUCCGGGUCAAACCAAUUUCUUCCAGACCCUACAGAUAGCAACCAAAAUUGUGAAGGGACGCAUUGAAAUUACGUCCCCAGUAAAUCUGCUCAAGGCUGGUGACAAGGUGGGUAACUCAGAGGCCGUUCUCCUCCAAAAGCUCCACAUUAAUCCUUUUGACUAUGGCCUGGUGAUUACAGACGUUUAUGACAAUGGGUCCAUAUUUGAUGUCAAAGUCCUUGAUCUUACUGAUGAUGACCUGUUUUUCAAGUUCGGUAAUGCUCUCGGCGCCAUUUCCUCAGUGUGUCUGCAAACUAGUUACCCGUCUAUUUGUUCGGCGCCCCACUCCAUCGCAACCUGCUUUAAAACUCUAGUGGCAAUUGCAGUGGAGUGUGAGGGAUAUUCUUUUGGCAAGGCUGGUCCUUUCAAAGCUUAUCUCGCUGAUCCAUCAGCUUUCGUAUCUGCUAGUGACGGCGGCGGUGCGAAAAACACAACGACGGCUGAAGAACCGAAAGAGGAGGAGGAGGAGGAGGAGAUUGACAUGGGUGGCGGCAUGGACAUGUUUGGCGGUGAUGGUGGUGGCGACGACUAUUGAGUACAAAGUGAUGUAAGCUAAAAUUCGGACCCUAUGAUGUUGUCAUUUUCUGCCUGUGACCAUCACUGGCAUUUGAUCAGCAUUUGCCCUAUGCAGGCAAUUUGGCCUCCUGAGGGCCCUGUAUACCUAUGGCGUGGGGUGGGGUGGAUACGCAAAUGCGACACCCUGAGGUCGGCGAAGGAACCGCAACUGGUAACGUAUUGGGGGGCGGGCCACUAAGAUCUUUUUACUCUAA